UGGUCUGAGAAACAAGGGGAAGUUUUGACAUUUCCAGAUUGAUGGUUAUUACAGCUAACAAUUACUUUCCAUUAUCCAUUGCCCUACAACACUUAGGCAGAUUGUUCUUAUGGAACGAGAUAUUUCUUGUGAUGUGCAGGUUGUUUGAGUUGUAUGGUCAGGAGACAAAUUUAAAGCUGUUUGUCAAAGAUUUACCUCCUCUCCAAGACGCUGGUCCACAGAAAUGCCUAGCUUUCAGUGUUGAUGGUUCCAGAUUUGCCACUGGUGGGGUGGAUGGGCAUCUUAGAAUCUUGGAAUGGCCAAGCCUGCGCGUCAUUGUAGAUGAAGUAAGAGCACAUAAAUCCUUUCGGGAUAUGGAUUUUAGCUUAGAUUCAGAGUUCUUAGCUUCAACAUCUACUGAUGGUUCAGCUAGAAUAUGGAAGGCCGAAGAUGGUGUUCCUUUGAUGACUUUAGCUCGCAACUCGGAUGAAAAGAUCGAAUUAUGUCGGUUCUCCAAGGAUGGGACAAAACCAUUUUUGUUUUGUACUGUUCAGAAGGAUGAUAAAGCAGUUACUGCAGUUUAUGACAUAAGCACGUGGAAUAAAAUUGGACAUAAGAGGUUACUCAGAAAGUCUGCUUCCAGUAUGUCCGUCAGCCUGGAUGGCAAAUACCUUGCUCUGGGAAGCAAAGAUGGAGACAUCUGUGUGGUUGAAGUAAAGAAAAUGGAGAUCAGCCAUUGGAGCAAGAGGCUACACCUGGGUACAUCCAUUGCAUCACUAGAGUUCUGUCCUGGUCAAAGGGUUGUGCUUACAUCUUCUAGUCAGUGGGGAGCCAUGGUAACAAAAUUAAGUGUUCCUGCAGACUGGAAAGAGUGGCAGAUCUAUUUGCUGCUUUUAGGACUGUUUUUGGCAUCAGCAGUUGCAUUUUACAUAUUCUUUCGGAAUUCUGAUUCAUUUUGGAACUUCCCUCUUGCAAGAGAACAACAAACAAGACCAAAGACAGAUUCACUUUUAGGGGAUGCACAAUCAGAUGAUCCAAAUGUGUGGAAUGCAUUCGGACCUUUAGAUAUGUGAGCAUUUACUUGAUCCAAUCAAUUUGGAGAUACCAUCGAAGUACAAAUCAUCUUGUGCCAAGUAACUUGCUUGUUUUCAACUAUAUUUGUGUCUAUCAGUCGGA